GCUAAAUGGAUAAAAUGCAGCAAACUUAAUAGUACUGUUUUGUAACUGCACCUAUCUUAAUAAGAUCAGAAAGCCUACUGAAAAGUCCAAACAAGAUAUUUCCCUUUGUAAUUAAUGGAAAAAUGAUAAAGGGAAAUGUCCCUAUUUUUCCCACCUGGUUGGGCCUAAUAAACUUUAGUCUAGUUUAGCUCGAUUGUCUUCCGAUUCAGGAUGAGGACAGAGACGUUCAGCAAGAUAAUGUGAAGUCUACAAAAAACCUGUAGGGGUGAAUCAUGUGGCAGUACCUGGCAGUCGCGUUGCUGAUUUCAGUUCAGAUAAACAAAGCUCAGACGUGCGACUCGUUCAAAUCCCUGACCAUUCUGCACACAAUUCACGGCACUAAUGUAAAAGUUCGGCUGUUGCUCUACACCAGGAUAGAUGGCGACUGUGGUUCCCUCCUGUCCCACACAAACCUGUCGGCACAUCCUCAGCUCAACCUCUCACGGCCCACUGCCUUUGUUAUUCAUGGAUAUCGGCCCAGUGGCUCUCGGCCAGCAUGGCUGAACCAAAUCAUAGAACUGCUGCUGGCGAGGAGCAACAUUAAUCUUGUAGUAGUGGACUGGAACCACGGCGCUGGUACGGUGAAUUACUUGGCAGCAGUGAAGAACACGCAGAAAGUUGCAGAAAACCUUACAGCUUUCAUUAACGUAAUGCAGGACCACGGUGCCAAUUUAAGCUCCAUCCACUUGAUCGGCGUCAGUCUUGGUGCUCAUAUAUCAGGCUUUGUUGGUGCUAACUUUCAUGGGCAGAUUGGAAGAAUUACAGGGCUUGAUGCUGCUGGACCCACGUUCACUGGUCUUUUACCAGAGGAGCGGCUGGACCCUACAGAUGCACAAUUUGUAGAUGUGCUUCACACAGACAUAGAUUCCUUAGGCUUCAGAGAAACUUUAGGUCACAUUGACUUUUAUGCUAAUGGAGGAGCAGAUCAGCCUAACUGCCCCAAGACCAUCUUCUCUGGAGAAUACUACUUCAAAUGUGAUCAUCAAAGAUCGGUGAAUCUUUUCAUGGACACUAUAAAUGGAACCUGUUCCAGCAGGGUCUACCCCUGCCUCUCCUAUAAAGACUAUCUGGAUGGGAAAUGUUUAAAAUGUGACGGUUUUGGCAACAUGGGGUGUCCUCUUUUUGGUUAUGAUUCCAUAAAGUGGAAAGAUUAUUUACCACAACCUAAUCAUGCAAAAUAUUACUUCUCAACAAACGGAGGGUCACCAUACUGCAAGACAAACUUUAAGGUAGAUGUAAUUGUCUGGAACACGGAAACACAGAUGGGGUACAUUACUGUCAAACUGUAUGGUGACAGUGAAGAAGCAGUGGCCAUCAUUAAGCAUAAAACACUAGAGUUCAAGAAGUACAAAGAGACUACACUGUUGGCUGGGUUUGACCGAGACAUUUCAUCAUUGAAGAAAGUGUCUGUUAAGUUCCACACUGGUAAAUCUCUCCAGCCCAAACAUAAACUCCGGAUCCUGAGACUCCGCCUCACACCCCUGGAUCGCACAGAGAAGCCUCUGUGUCGAUAUGAUAUUCUUCUGGAUGAGGACAAAGAGGUGAGCUUCAUGCCUGUUCAAUGUGGAGAUGCUACAUUCUGAUUGAGCUCAUCUCUUCGCCGAUGUCAAAACUGAGAAGUGCAGGGCUCCACAUUCAAAAGAAGAGCCUCUGGCAUUUUACACGAAUGAUCCCCAUUUCUGCAAAGUGAAUGUAUAUAAUGUAAAUACCUUUUUUAAAGGAAAAAAAUGUUGUAAAUACACUCAGCAGUCACUUUACCAGUUCUUUGUAGUCCUUUGCAAAAAGCAAGUCCAAUCAAUCAUGGCGGAAUCUCUUCCACUCUACACUUAAAAACACCCUAGCUGGAAAAAAGUUCUGGGUCCAAAUCUUCAUGCUUCACUUCCCUCCAAGCACUCCUCCAAUUCAAAACAUGCUUGAUUAAUUUAAAAAAAACACAAAUAUUUUAUGGAAUGACCACCUCUUCAAAUCUUAAAUUGAUGAUCGAUUAUAACAUUGAAUGAAGGUAUCGUCUGUGUGUGUGGCGCACUCAUCAGAAAGGGAUCAGGAAGUUUCAUAUGUGUCCUGCACACCACACUAAGUGUUCCCUAAAGCCUAUGCAAAUGAGCACUUAGCAUUUUCAUAGACAUAUAAUGUAAAGACCCAGACAGAAUGGCAUGUGUGUUAACUGAGGGGCCGAGUGUCUAGUUGAUAUGUACAGAUGAUAAAUGUGUGGGUUUUGUUACAGGAUGUUGCUUUGCAGAGUUUCCUCAAAAUAAAAACAAUUCAGACUC